CAGUGAGGGGAGCAACAGGCUGGCUGGUGACAAGGGGCAAAGGCCUUAGACAGAGAGAGGGGGAAAAGAUUAAAAAUACCAACAACAAGUGAAGGAGAGCAGCUGAGGACAGACAGGAAGUGAAUGUUAGAGGUAGUCAUAGGAAGAUUAGAAAAGAGAGAGAGGCUAAGAUUUAAGCUGUGUUGCUGCAGGUGGAGGUCUAUCACCUUUGAACAACUGGAGGAGGCACGCUGAGGCUGAGAAUUAAGAGCACUUUCUGUUUUCUGGGAGUGACAUACAAAGUGUCUGAGAGGAGAGUUUGGAGAGUUCAGAUGGUUUGGGCUCGUGUAGCCGGUGCAGAGUUAUGACCAAGACUACGGAAAGAAUCUCAAGACCACCAUUCCAGAAGACCGACGGCCAUGUCACCAUAGCAGACAUACUCUGACAGAGACCAAGAGGACAGCCAUGUUUUCAGCCAGACCAGAGAUCCAGCCGUAAAAGACAAGAGGCGGUCACCCCCCUCUAACAGAUCCCCCUCCGCCCCACAACGCAACCCUCACCACAGCGGCUCCACAGACGAACAGGAGAGCCCAGAGAGAGUGGUGCAGAAGGAGAAGCUCCAUGCAGAGCUGAAGCAGGUGUUGAGUCAGAAGAGAAGUCAUCUGAGAGAGUCGACCUACCACCUGGCCCAACCAGAGAUGGACUCAGAGCCCACAGACGAACAGACAAGUGGGGAGGAAGCCUCUCAGUCGGUGGAAAUCGUGGUGGAGACGGAGGCGGAGGCUGGAGCCAGCGGCUACAGUGUGACUGGUGGAGGACAGCGAGGGAUCUUUGUUAAAGAUGUCCUCAAAGACUCACCAGCUGCUAAACAUCUCAGUCUACAGGAAGGUGACCAGCUGCUGAGUGCCAAGGUCUACUUCGACAACGUGAAGUAUGAAGACGCUCUGAAGAUCCUUCAGUGCGCAGAGCCAUAUAAGGUCAGCUUCCUGCUGAAGAGGACCAUCCCUGGAGCCGAGGUCAGCGUGCGGCCUCGGGUUUCCACUGUGGAGGUCAAAGGUCCCAAAGCCAAGAUGGCCAAAAUGAGUGUGAAGGGCUCCAAGCCAUUCAAGACCAAGAAGAAGAGAGGUGGUCGUUUUGGUCUGAAGAGGCUGAAAGAGAAGCGCAGAGAGGAGCUGGUGAUAGAGGGAACGCCACCCAGGCUGGAGAUGAGUGACGUGGACGUGGAGUUUUCUCUCCCCAAAUUCAAACAGAGGAGGAGCACGAAGGUCGAAGCAGGAGGAGCCGGAGGAGCAGCAGCUGUGGGGAAGGCAAAGAGGAGGAUCAGGUUUCCCCACAUGAAAACAAAGGGCUGCACUGGAGCAGAGACAGGAGGAAAAAUGGAAACAGGACAACUCGAGGGACAGGUGAAUAUCUCUCCAUCUGAGAUACCUGGAGCUAAAGUGAAAACCAAAGGAAAAGGACACAAGUUUGGAAUCACCUUUCCUAAGAGCAAACACACAAAGUCAGGCUCAGCUUUGGAAACUGGAUCUGUGGAGCUGAAGCCCCCGGGUGUGACUAUCCAGCCACCCUCAGUGGAGUUCAGUUUGUCUGCUGAUAAAGACAUGGAUGUCGAGAGGGAAGGGGUUAAGAUUAACACGCCUGAUGUGGAGUUUGCACUCCCUUCAGGAAAAUCUGAGGCAUCUUUGCCUGUUGUGAAGGGAAAGGCAGAAAUCAAAGCUCCUAAAAUCGGCGUCAAAGGAGGAGUUGAUGCAGAGGCAGCUAUGGGAAAAGUUGAUGUAGACGUAGGCAAAGGAGAUGCAAAGCUAAAAAUGCCAAAGUUGAAACUGCCCAAAGUUAGACUUUCACAUCAUUCGGAUGAGAUAGAUGGUGACAUCAAGGUAAAAGCCAAAGGGAUGAAAGUGCCUCACACUGACAUAAUACCUCCAAAGGUAGAAAUCAAAGGAGGUGGUGAGAUUGGUCUCCCCAAAGCAAAUAUCACCAAACCAAAGAUGGAAGGUGAUCUCUCAGGAAAAGCUGCAUCUAUUCAAAUGCCUUCUGUUGAUAUUUCUUUACCAAAAGUGAAGGGAAAGUCUGAUAUCGACGUCUCACUCCCAGACUACAGAGGAGGUGGGAAGACAGCAAUCAAAAUGCCUGCCAUUGACAUCUCUGUGCCUGAUGUUGAUUUGGAAUUGGACACCAGACGUAGAAUUCCUGAUGAGGUCGAGGGCACUUUUAAAGGGCCCAAAAUCUCCAUGCCAAAUGCUGAUAUCUCGUUACCAAAGAUUGGAUCAUCCAAUGUGGAGAUUGAAAGUCCAGAAGGUGGAGGGAAAUUCAGUCUACCGUCUAUUGACAUCUCUCUCCCAAAUGUGAAAACAGAGAGUGAAGAUGUGGAUAUGGACUAUUAUGUUGGUGGAGAUGGGAAGUUUAAAAUGCCUGAUUUUGACAUAUCUUUCCCAAAAAUGAAGUCACCAGAAGGACAAGUAAAUAUAAAAGGACAAGAGGUGGAAGGGGGCUUCAGGUUACCCAAAGUAGACCUGACCCUUCCCAAAGGCAAAGCAGGAACAACUGAUAUUGAAGGAGGAGGAAAAUUUCAGCUACCAUCAUUUGACAUCUCCCUACCUAAAGUGCAGACCGGUGAGGUGGAGGUCGACAUCGAAGGCCCUGAAGUGAAAGGUGGUAAAUUUGAAAUGCCCACAUCUGACAUUUCUCUGCCCAAAGGCAAAAUGGAAGGCGACAUUGAAGUAGAAGGGCAUGCUGGGAAGGGAGGAAAAUUCAAGAUGCCUACCUUUGAUGUUUCUCUACCGAAGCUGAAACCAGAGGGUCACGUGAAUAUAGAAGAACCCAAGCUUGAGGGUGGAGGAAAGAUCCAGAUGCCCUCUAUUGAUAUAUCGCUGCCAAAAGGAAAGAUGGAGGGUGACAUUGAAAUAGAUGGUUCAUCUGCAAAAGGAGGGAAGUUCAAAAUGCCCUCACUCGAUGUCAGACUCCCUAAGAUGGGGACAUCUGGGGGUGAGGCUGACUUACAAGGACCUGAGAUUAAAGGAGGGAAAAUUGAGGUGCCAUCAGUAGACAUUUCUCUACCAAAAGGUAAAUCCAAGGGUGAGGUAGACAUCGAAGGAAAAGGAGGCAAAUUUAAAAUGCCUUCAUAUAAUAUAUCCCUUCCAAAAAUGAAGUCACCUCCUGAGGGAGAGGUUGUUUUGGGAGGAGCUGAAAUCAAAGCUGGAAAGAUCAAAGUACCUACUGUUGAUAUCUCUGUUCCUCAAGGAAACGUAGAGGGCGAUUUGAACAUUGAUGGCAGUGAAGUAAAAGGAGGCAAAUUAAACAUGCCCUCUGUAGACAUUUCUCUCCCAAAAAUGAAGGUACCUGAAGGAGACAUGAAGCUAGAAUGCCCUGAACUUCCAAAUGUUUCCUUUUCACUUCCCAAAGCAAAUGUGGAAGGCAACAUGGAGCUCGAGGGCAGUGGUGGUAGCGGAGCCAAGGUCAAGAUGCCAACUUUUGACAUGUCACUCCCAAAGAUGAAAACCAAAGAGGCAGAGGUUGAUGUUGAAGGACCUGAGGUCAAAGGAGGAACAAAGUUCAACAUGCCAUCACUCAACAUCUCUCUUCCUGCAAUGAAAUCACCAGAGGGGGAGGUAAAGAUCAAAGGUCCUGAAGCUAAAGGAGGAAAGUUCCAGAUGCCUUCUUUUGACGUGUCACUACCAAAGAUCAAAUCACACGGAGGUGACAUUGACAUUAAUGUUCCUGAGUUUAAGGUUAAUACACCAAAGGCAGAUUUAGACCUAAAGGGAAGUGAGAUUAAAGGAGGGAAAAUAAGUAUGCCUACAGCUGAAAUCACUCUUCCAAAAGGAAAAGCAGAGGGUAAGAUAGAUAUUGAAGGACCCACAGGAAAAGAAGGCAAGUUUAAGAUGCCUACAUUUGAUGUAUCGCUACCAAAGAUGAAGAUGCCUGAAGGAAAUAUUGGCCUUGAGGGACCCUCAGUUGAUAUCUCUCUUCCAAAGGGGAAAGUAGAGGGUGACAUACAAACUAAAGGUAAAGGAGGACAUUUUCAUAUGCCCUCAAUUGAUGUUUCUCUCCCUAAAAUAAAAUCAAAGCGAGGUGACAUCAACAUCGACGGACCGCAAAUCAAAGGUGGGGAAAUUAAAAUGCCAACUAUUGACAUCUCACCCCCUCAAGGAACAUUAGAAGGUAAUAUCAGUGUCGAAGGUGAAGGAAGAGGAGGCAAAUUCAGCCUGCCGUCUGUAGACAUCGCCCUCCCUGCAGUAAAAUUCCCUGAAGGAGAUGUGAAUUUUCAAGGGCCGAAAGUUAAAAGUGGGAAGUUUGAAAUGCCGAAAAUCGACCUCUCACUUCCUAAAGGAAAAGCACAGGGAGACAUUGAUAUUGACAUUCACUCUGGAAAAGAUGGGAAUAUUGAAAUACCAUCCUAUGGUAUUGGACUUCCUAAAGGAAAGGUCAAAGGUCAAGGGCCUGAUCUUCAAGGAGGAAAGUUCAAUAUGCCAUCACUUGAUGUUUCAGCACCUACAACAAAAUCUCCAGAGGUAGAUGUCAGCCUUGAGGGUCCAGAUAUUAAAGGAGGACAAUUCAGCAUGACAGCUGUUGACAUUUCACUUCCAAAAGCAAAAGGUGAAGUUGGCAUAAAUGUUGAAGGUCCUGAGGGGAAAGGAGGAAGUAUAAAAAUGCCUAAAUUUGAUCUCUCAUUACCAUUACCGAAAGUAAAUUUUCCAGAGGGUGAUGUCAAAUUAAAAGGGCCUGAGAUCAAGGGCAGGAAGAUUGAGAUGCCAGACAUUGAUAUUUCACUCCCCAAAGGCAAAGCAAGAGGAGAAACUGAAACUGAAGGACAUGCUGGUAAAGGAGGAAAGUUCCAUAUGCCCUCUGUUGAUAUCUCUCUUCCUAAAAUGAAAGCUAAGGGACCAGAGGUCAACAUAAAAGGUCCUGAACUUAAGGAAGGAAAAAUCAACAUGCCAGACAUUGACCUUUCACUCCCCAAAGGAAAGGCUGAUGCUGACCUCAGUAUUGAGGGUCCCGACGUUAAAGGAGGCAAAUUCAAAAUGCCCAAAUUUGACAUUUCACUUCCAAAGAUGAGCCUGCCAGAGGGCAAUGUGGAAAUGCCAACAGCUGAUAUUUCACUCCCAAAAGGAAAGGUAAAGGGAGAUGUUGACAUUGAGGGACAUGUGAGUAAAGGAGGCAAGUUUCACAUGCCCUCAGUUGAUAUCUCUCUUCCUAAAAUAAAAGCAAAGGGAGUUGAUGUUAAUGUUGACAUUGAAGGACCUGAACUUAAAGGUGACAUGUCACUCCCUAAAAUUAAGUCUCCAGAGGUAGAUAUCAGCCUUGAGGGUCCAGAUGUUAAAGGAGGAAAGUUUAAUUUACCAACUGUUGACAUUUCACUCCCCAAAGGAAAAGUUGAGGGUGACCUAAAUGUUGAAGGCCCUAACAUAAAAGGAGGCAAAUUUAAAAUGCCAAAAUUUGAUGUCUCAUUGCCAAAAGUGAAUCUCCCAGAGGGUGAUGUCAAAAUAAAGGGCCCAGACAUCAAGGGAGGGAAGAUUGAAAUGCCAGACAUUGAUAUUUCACUCCCCAAAGGAAAAGCAGGAGGAGAAAUUGAAAUUGAAGGACAUGCUGGCAAAGGAGGCAAGUUCCAUAUGCCCUCACUUGAUAUCUCUCUUCCUAAAAUGAAAGCUAAAGGACCAGAAAUAAAUAUCGAUGGCCCUGAAGUUAAAGGUGGAAAGCUAAACAUGCCAUCACUUGAUGUUUCUCUGCCCAAAAUAAAAUCUCCCAGUGUAGAUAUCAGCCUUGAGGGUCCUGAUGUUAAAGGAGGAAAGGUCAACAUCCCGACUGUUGACAUUUCACUUCCCAAAGGAAAAGUUGAGGGUGAUAUAAAUGUUGAAGGCCCAGAGAUGAAAGGAGGGAAAUUCAAACUGCCAAAAUUUGAUGUUACUUUACCAAAAGUGAAUCUCCCAAAAGUUGAUGCCAAUGUGAAAGGACCAGAUAUGAAAGGAAAAAUUGAAAUGCCAACUGUUAAUAUUUCACUUCCAAAAGGAAAGGCAGACAUGGAUAUUGACAUUGAUGGGCACAGUGGUAAAGGAAGCAGGUUUCACAUGCCCUCACUUGAUAUCUCUCUUCCUAACAUCAAAGCAAAGGGAGCUGAUGUCGAUAUUGAAGGACCUGAAGUCAGAGGUGACAUGUCACUCCCUAAAAUUAAGUCUCCCGAGGUAGAUGUCAGCCUCAAGGGUCCUGAAGUUAAAGGAGGAAUGUUUAACUUGCCAGCUGCUGACAUUUCACUCCCCAAAGGAAAGGCUGACGCUGACCUCAGUAUUGAGGGUCCCGACGUUAAAGGAGGCAAAUUCAAAAUGCCCAAAUUUGACAUUUCACUUCCAAAGAUGAGCCUGCCAGAGGGCAAUGUGGAAAUGCCAACAGCUGAUAUUUCACUCCCAAAAGGAAAGGUAAAGGGAGAUGUUGACAUUGAGGGACAUGUGAGUAAAGGAGGCAAGUUUCACAUGCCCUCAGUUGAUAUUUCUCCUCCUAAAAUAAAAGCAAAGGGAGUUGAUGUUAAUGUUGACAUUGAAGGACCUGAACUUAAAGGUGACAUGUCACUCCCUAAAAUUAAGUCUCCAGAGGUAGAUAUCAGCCUUGAGGGUCCAGAUGUUAAAGGAGGAAAGUUUAAUUUACCAACUGUUGACAUUUCACUCCCCAAAGGAAAAGUUGAGGGUGACCUAAAUGUUGAAGGCCCUAACAUAAAAGGAGGCAAAUUUAAAAUGCCAAAAUUUGAUGUCUCAUUGCCAAAAGUGAAUCUCCCAGAGGGCGAUGUCAAAAUAAAGGGCCCAGACAUCAAGGGAGGGAAGAUUGAAAUGCCAGACAUUGAUAUUUCACUCCCCAAAGGAAAAGCAGGAGGAGAAAUUGAAAUUGAAGGACAUGCUGGCAAAGGAGGCAAGUUACAUAUGCCCUCGCUUGAUAUCUCUCUUCCUAAAAUGAAAGCUAAGGGACCAGAAAUAAAUAUUGAUGGCCCUGAAGUUAAAGGUGGAAAGCUAAACAUGCCAUCACUUGAUGUUUCUCUGCCCAAAAUAAAAUCUCCCGAUGUAGAUAUCAGCCUUGAGGGUCCUGAUGUUAAAGGAGGAAAGGUCAACAUCCCAACUGUUGACAUUUCACUUCCCAAAGGAAAAGUUGAGGGUGAUAUAAAUGUUGAAGGCCCAGAGAUGAAAGGAGGGAAAUUCAAAUUGCCGAAAUUUGAUGUUACUUUACCAAAAGUGAGUCUCCCAAAGGUUGAUGCCAAUGUAGAAGGACCAGAUAUGAAAGGAAAAAUUGAAAUGCCAACUGUUAAUAUUUCACUUCCAAAAGGAAAGGCAGACAUGGAUAUUGACAUUGAUGGGCACAGUGGUAAAGGAAGCAGGUUUCACAUGCCCUCACUUGACAUCUCUCUUCCUAACAUCAAAGCAAAGGGAGUUGAUGUCGAUAUUGAAGGACCUGAAGUAAGAGGUGACAUGUCACUCCCUAAAAUUAAGUCUCCCGAGGUAGAUGUCAGCCUCAAGGGUCCUGAAGUUAAAGGGGGAAUGUUUAAUUUGCCAGCUGUUGACAUUUCACUCCCCAAAGGAAAGGCUGAUGCUGACCUCAGUAUUGAGGGUCCCGACGUUAAAGGAGGCAAAUUCAAAAUGCCCAAAUUUGACAUUUCACUUCCAAAGAUCAGCCUGCCAGAGGGCAAUGUGGAAAUGCCAACAGCUGAUAUUUCACUCCCAAAAGGAAAGGUAAAGGGAGAUGUUGACAUUGAGGGACAUAUGGGUAAAGGAGGCAAGUUUCACAUGCCCUCGGUUGAUAUCUCUCUUCCUAAAAUAAAAGCAAAGGGAGUUGAUGUUGACAUUGAAGGACCUGAACUUAAAGGUGACAUUUCACUUCCAGAAGGAAAAGUUGAGGGUGACCUAAAUGUUAAAGGCCCUAACAUAAAAGGAGGCAAAUUUAAAAUGCCAAAAUUUAAUGUCUCAAUGCCAAAAGUGAAUCUCCCAGAGAGUAAUGUCCAAAUAAAAGGUCCAGACAUCAAGGGAGGGAAGAUUGAAAUGCCAGACAUUGAUAUUUCACUCCCCAAAGGAAAAGCAGGAGGAGAAAUUGAAAUUGAAGGACAUGCUGGCAAAGGAGGCAAGUUACAUAUGCCCUCGCUUGAUAUCUCUCUUCCUAAAAUGAAAGCUAAGGGACCAGAGAUAAAUAUCGAUGGCCCUGAAGUUAAAGGUGGAAAGCUAAACAUGCCAUCACUUGAUGUUUCUCUGCCCAAAAUAAAAUCUCCCAGUGUAGAUAUCAGCCUUGAGGGUCCUGAUGUUAAAGGAGGAAAGGUCAACAUCCCAACUGUUGACAUUUCACUUCCCAAAGGAAAAGUUGAGGGUGAUAUAAAUGUUGAAGGCCCAGAGAUGAAAGGAGGGAAAUUCAAACUGCCAAAAUUUGAUGUUACUUUACCAAAAGUGAGUCUCCCAAAGGUUGAUGCCAAUGUAGAAGGACCAGAUAUGAAAGGAAAAAUUGAAAUGCCAACUGUUAAUAUUUCACUUCCAAAAGGAAAGGCAGACAUGGAUAUUGACAUUGAUGGGCACAGUGGUAAAGGAAGCAGGUUUCACAUGCCCUCACUUGACAUCUCUCUUCCUAACAUCAAAGCAAAGGGAGUUGAUGUCGAUAUUGAAGGACCUGAAGUAAGAGGUGACAUGUCACUCCCUAAAAUUAAGUCUCCCGAGGUAGAUGUCAGUCUCAAGGGUCCUGAAGUUAAAGGGGGAAUGUUUAAUUUGCCAGCUGCUGACAUUUCACUCCCCAAAGGAAAGGCUGAUGCUGACCUCAGUAUUGAGGGUCCCGACGUAAAAGGAGGCAAAUUCAAAAUGCCCACAUUUGACGUUUCACUUCCAAAGAUGAGCCUGCCAGAGGGCAAUGUGGAAAUGCCAACAGUUGAUAUUUCACUCCCAAAAGGAAAGGCAGACAUGGAUAUUGACAUUGAUGGGCAGGGUAGUAAAGGAGGCAAGUUUCACAUGCCCUCACUUGAUAUCUCUCUUCCUAAAAUCAAAGGACCUGAAGUCAAAGGUGACAUGUCACUCCCUAAAAUUAAGUCUCCCGAGGUAGAUGUCAGCCUCAAGGGUCCUGAAGUUAAAGGGGGAAUGUUUAACUUGCCAGCUGUUGACAUUACACUCCCCAAAGGAAAAGUUGAGGGUGACCUAAAUGUUGAGGGCCCUGAGGUGAAGGGAGGUAAAUUUAAAAUGCCAAAAUUUGAUGUGUCUUUACCAAAAGUUAGUCUCCCAGAGGGUAAUGUCAAAAUAAAAGGCCCAGACAUCAAGGGAGGGAAGAUAGAGAUGCCAGACAUUGAUAUUUCACUCCCCAAAGGAAAAGCAGGAGGAGAAAUGGAAAUAGAAGGACAUGCUGGAAAAGGAGGCAAAUUCCAUAUGCCCUCGCUUGAUGUCUCUCUUCCUAAGAUUAAAGCAAAGGGACCACAGGUCAAAAUAGAAAGUCCUGAACUUAAAGGCAGAAAAAUCAACAUCCCAAAUGUUGAUAUUUCACUAUCUGAAGGAAAGGCUGAAGCUGACCUCAAUAUUGAGGGUCCUGGGGUAAAAGGAGGAAAAUUUAAAAUGCCUAAAGUUGACGUUUCACUUCCAAAGAUGAACCUGCCAGAAGGCAAUGUCAAAGUGGAAGGACCAGAGAUGAAGGGAGGAAAUAUCGUAAUGCCAGCUGUUGACAUUUCAGUUCCUGUGGGAAAAGUGGAGGGAGGUAUCAAUAUUGAAGGACCAUCUGGAAAGGAACCAAAAGUGCCAAAAGUUGACCUAUCUGUUAAAAAAGGUGGAGGGCUCCACUUGCCAACUCUUGACAUAAAUCUCCCAAAAUUUGAUCUUGACCUCAGCCUCCCCUCUGGUCUGAAAGACAAAAGCCUCAAAGUGAACACCAGUGGUCCUGAUGCAUCAGGAAAUUUGGAGAUAUCUGGUCUCAAAGGAGAUAUUAAUCCAGCCAAAUUGAAAGUUAAGGGUGCAGACAUAGAAACAGGUAGUCUAGAAGGUCCUGGUGCAUCCCUCAAACUUCCCACUGUAAAACUACCGACAGUUGACAUCUCAGCUCCGAAGGUGGAUCUAGACUUUGGCCUAACCAAACCUAAAGGUGACGAUGUGGAAGUGGAGCUUCUGAAAGCAGAGGGAGGCAGGCCUUCUUCAGGGGGCAGCUUCGAUCUACCUGAUGUCUCCCUCAAAGCCCCCAGUUUCUCUCUUCCCAGGUUUGGUGGAAAGUCCAAGAGUGGUGAUUUGCAGAUAUCAGGAAAAGGCCCCAAAGGAGACAUUUCCCUCAGCCCACCACAUGUGGAAGGAGAGAUUAGGGCACCAUCAGUAGAGUUUGAUGGGGAUGGAAAAGUCAAGGUGAAAAAACCUAAAUUCAAAAUGCCCUCAUUUGGUAUAUCCAAAAAGGAUGCAGAUGUAUCUGUGUCUUGCCCUGAUGUGGAUGUUAAAGUGAAAAAGGGGGAGAUUGACAUUUCUAAACCGGAAAUCAAUGUUGAGAGCCCAGACGAUAAAUCAAAAUACAAAGUGAAAUUCCCCAAGUUUAAAAUAUCAUCAUCAAAAGGUCAACUCCCAAAAGGAGAAGUUAAUGCUAAACUGGAAGCAGAUGUGGAAGGGAAAGGUGGCUUCCAUGCACCUGACGUCACUAUCAAACUACCAAAGUUCUCCAUGCCAGGAUUUGGCUCUAAAGAAAAAGAUUUAGCUAAACCAAGUGGUUACCUUGACGCUAAGGCCAAAGUCAAGAUGCCCUCUGUCGAGCUAUCACUACCAGCAGCUAAAACACCAGAGACUGAGGUUCUUCUCCCCAAAGCAGAAGUUGAUGUCUCAGAGGCUGAUAUCAGAGGUUAUGAGGGAAACCUCAAAAUUCCCAAAAUGCCAACUAUUGAUGUUUCCAUCCCCAACAUAGACCUGGAUGUGUCCCUGCCGAAAGUAAAGCAUGAUGCAAAGGUUGAUGGAGAAGGAGGCAAAUUCAAGAUGCCAAACAUCAAGAUGCCUGACAUUGACAUGUCCCUUCCUAAAGGAAAAACAGGCAUUGAAGAAGGUCACAUUGGAGUUGAUGCAGAGGGAGGGAAAUUCAAAAUGCCUCACAUCAGUAUGCCUGACGUGGAUAUAUCCCUGUCAAAAGGAAAGUCCCCAAAGAUUGAAGGACCAGAAGUGAAACUAAAAAGAGGUGAAGGAAAAUUCAAAAUGCCUCACAUAACAAUGCCAUCAAUAGAUGUGUCUCUUCCCAAAGGGAAAUCUGGGGAUGUUGAUGCACCAGACAUUGAAAUAGAUGGUGCUGGAGGUGGCAAAUUUAAGAUGCCAUAUGUCAAAAUGCCCAAUGUUGACAUAACCUUGCCAGUAGCAAAAAGUGACAAAACUGAUACUCCAGAUAUUGAUGUAGAAGGAGAGGGGGGCAAAUUCAGAAUGCCUGGUAUCAAAAUGCCAAACAUUGACAUAUCUCUCCCCAAAGGAAAGACUGGUAAAUUGGAGGGAUCAGAUGUUGAAAUCGCGGAAGGAGGAAAGUUGAAGAUGCCACAUGUCAAAAUGCCACAUGUUGACAUUAACCUGCCAAAAAUGAAAACUGCAGAGGUUGAUACACCAGAUGUGGAAGCAAAGGUUGAGGGAGGAGGAGCGAAAUUCACAAUGCCCCAUUUUAAUAUGCCUUCAGUUGAUAUUUCACUGCCACAAGCACAUACUGAAGGCCCAGAAGUUGAAAUGGAGGGAGGUACAGAGUUCAAAUUGCCUCACAUAAAAAUGCCUAACAUCGACAUCUCUCUGCCCAGAGGAAAGAUUGAAGGUCCAGAGGUGGAGCUCAAAGGGGAAGGUGGAAAAUACAAGAUGCCAAAUCUCAGCACGCCCUCUGUUGAUAUUUCACUGCCCAAAGGAAAGAUUGAAGGUCCAGAAGUUGAAAUAGAAGGAGGUACCGGAGGAAAGUUCAAAUUGCCUCACAUGAAAAUGCCCAACAUCGACAUCGCUCUUCCUAAAGCAAAAGUUGAAGGCACUGAAAUAGAGACACCUGAAAUAGAAAUGGAGGGACAGGAAAGAGGAAAGUUCAAAAUGCCUCACAUGAAAAUGCCCAACAUCGACAUCUCUCUGCCUAAAGGAAAGAUUGAAGGUCCAGAGGUGGAGCUCAAAGAGGAAGGUGGAAAAUACAAGAUGCCACAUCUCAGCAUGCCCUCUGUUGAUAUUUCACUGCCCAAAGGAAAGAUUGAAGGUCCAGAAGUUGAAAUAGAGGGAGAUGAAGGAGGGAAAUUCAAAACACCUCACAUGAAAAUGCCUUCAGUUAAUAUUUCACUGCCAAAAGGAAAGACUGAAGGACCAGAUGUUGAAAUAGAGAGAGGUUCAGGAGGAGAAUUCAAAAUGCCUCACAUGAAAAUGCCAAAUGUUGACAUCUCUCUGCCCAAAGGAAAGAUUGAAGGUCCAGAGGUGGAGCUCAAAGGGGAAGGUGGAAGAUUCAAGAUGCCACAUCUCAGCAUGCCCUCCAUUGAUAUUUCACUGCCUAAAGGAAAGAUUGAAGGUCCAGACGUUGAAAUAGAGGGAGGUACCGGAGGAAAGUUCAAAAUGCCUCACAUGAAAAUGCCAGAUGUUGAUAUAUCUCUGCCCAAAGGCAAGAUUGAAGGUCCAGAUGUUGAAAUAAAGGGAGAAAGUGGAGGAAAACUCAAAAUGCCUCAUAUGAAAAUACCAGAUGUUGACAUCUCUCUGCCCAAAGGAAAAUUUGGCAAAAUUGAAGGAGCAGAGCUGGAGAUUGAGGGAGGCAAAUCUAAAAUGCCACAUAUGACAAUGCCCUCAGUAGACAUUUCACUGCCAAAAGGAAAGACUGAAGAUCCUAAAGUUGAAAUUAAGGGUGAGGGAGGAAAGUUGCCAAAAGUUGACAUAUCUCUUCCUAAAGGAAAACCUUCAAUCGAAGGUCCAGAGGUAGAGAUUAAGGGAGAUGGGAGACAGUUCAAGAUGCCUAAUGUGGACAUAUCUAUCCCUAAAGGAAAAGCAAAUAUUGACACGCCAGAUGUGAAAGUGGAGGCAGAGGGAGGAACCAUCAAGCAGCCACAUAUCAAGAUGCCAAAAGUUGAUAUUUCACUUCCUAAAGGUAAAAGUAAAGAUAUUGAAGCACCUGCUAUAGACAUGGAAGUCACAGUAGGAAAGUUCAAAGGUCCAGAUGUUAAACUACCAACCGUUGAGGCAGGAGGGAAAAUUAAAGUUCCACAAGUCACAUCACCAGAUCUGGACAUCAAUGUGACACAUAGUAAACCUAAACAAGACACACAGGCUCAUGGGGAAGCUGAUUUGCAUGUUGAGGGAGAGCACAAAGGUCUAAAACUCAAGAUGCCAACAAUAGAUAUCAAGGGUCCAAAAGGAGACCUGGAGCUUGAUAUAGGCCUUCAUAGAGGAGAUGACAAGAAGGACAGGAAAAAAGUUGAACUACCUGACUUGGAUCUCAACACAGCAGGAACCAGCAAAGUAAAGGGGCCUAAAGUCAAAGGAACAAAAUUCAAGAUUGGAAUGCCAAAAAAGAAAACUGGUAGAAAUGUAACAGCAGAAGCGAAAACAUGCAAAAACUGUGGCGAAGAGGAGUUAGGUGGUCAAGUCAAACACAAAUGCAAGGUUAAAGAAAGAUCUGAGUAUGAAGUUGAAGUUGAAACCCAUAACGGACAUAAAGAGGACAAAGAUCAUAUUAACAUCCCAGUGCCAGAGGCUACAUUACCAAGUGUACAAGGCUCAGCCAACUUAGGAACAGGGGGAGAGGGUGGCCUUUCAUCAUCCAGAGCAGAAAUCAAAGUCCCCAGGAUUCCAGACAUAGAGUUUGAUAUUGGCACAUCACAGGAUGAAGAUGAAGACAAAACAGAAAAAGGCAAGAAAAUCAAAAUCCCUAAGUUUGGUGUCCCAUUACCCUCCAUCUCCUCUCCCGAGGGAAGAAUAAAUAUGUAUGGGCCAGAAAUUCAGUAUGAGUGCCCUAAAAUGCCCAAAGUAAAGAAAGCUGUUUUUGUCUUGGUAAAUCCUCCUGAAACAGAUGAGCCUGCUACAUGCACAGGCCUCCUACAACAACAAGGUGAAUUAGAUGCAAGUCCUCACAAGGGCUCCAAGGACGAUAAAGGGACAUUGAGUGGUAAAAUCAAACUUCCAAAGGUGGAGUUCACCUCUCCAUAUGGCAAGAUGGCUGCAGGGGAGGAGGACAGAGAAAUGAGUGUGAAACCGGGAAAGGAUUCAUCACCAGUAGAAGUGGGGGGAGGCACUAAAGAGCUUAAAGUAAAAUCAGGCAAGAUGGCCUUUGCAGGUUUUAGUGAGGAGCCGUUGGAGGGUGUGGAGUCAUCUCAUGCCAGAAGAGAUAUGCUGGACAGGGACAGCGCAGAGUCCCCUGCUGGUUUUAAAAUGGAGUUCAGCUCAACAAAGGUCCAGGCUUGGAGUGAGGUGGAGAGCAAAAGCAGGGAGUAUGAGGAAAGAGAGUCUUCCCCCUGGUUCAAGGUCCCUAAGUUCACCCUGAAGCCACACUCCACAGGCUUUCUCCAGAUAACCCCAGAGUGUUCUCCUCAGGCCCAGCGGAAGGGUGAGGUGGGAGGUGAGGCUGACGUCUCAGGGUCUUUCUGCCUCCAUACCUCAGGGGUCGACUUCACCACCCAGGAAAUGUCCGAAGAACACCAGGUCUCCUCUGCCCAGGAGGGAACUGUCACCAUGGUGACCAAGACCACCAGAAUCACCCGGCAAAUGGUUGCCACUGAAAUGCAAACAGGUGAAUCUUCGACAACCACGACAACAACUCACCAAAUGUCGGACUUCAACUACUGAGGAUGCUGUAAUGAUAUCUUAAAUGUCUUCUAAUUUUUUUGUUUUUCUUUGGUGAGGUUGCAGUGUUCUUGUAAGCAAAGCCUGCAACGUGGCAAACCUCGAUUUAGUAAAAGUCUUUAUUUUAUAUUUUAAUAGAUGAGGUAUGAAUGUGAUGAAAAGUAAUGAUAUUUCAUCAAUCAGCAUUAUUGUCAUUAUUAUAGCAACAGAGUAAUAUAUGCUUCUUUUUUUCAUUUUAAAUGUUAGUAUUUUUUGUUACUGUCCUUCCAGUUUUGUUAGUUUAGUCCUAAUUAUUUAUCAGAUUUUGUUUGGUUUUAAAGGCUUCACUCUGAAUGUAAACAUGUCAGAUUGCUUAAUUAUUUAUUGUUGUUUGUGUGUUCAAAAUGGGCUCACAUCAGCAUCAAGGAUUUAACCAUGAUUUUAUGAUUAGUUCAAAAUAAUUCAUUUUGAACCACUACACUAAAGGCCAGAGUAAUAUUUAUGUAAAUAACUAUACAAUAGCUUUUUUGAAGCAGUAUCCCUUCAAUACGAAAUGUAAUUAUUUUCAUAUUCACCAGAGUCAGGAGUAGAAAUUAUAUUUUGUGACCUGAUAAUCUAUUUUGUUUGUCUUGAAUGAAAAGUGUGAGCUUUUUGAGAUAAUAGGCUAUUCUCAUUUUCUGCCAUAGUUUUAUAUUUGAAGCAUUUAACUGGUGCUGUUACCCAGAGAUAGUCACAGUGAGUGAGCAGGACACUCUGGACUCUUUUUCUGCUGUGGGGAUCAAACCUGAACAUUUAGGCCACCCUGCUGCUAAUGUAUUUUAUAUUUAUGUUUUUACUGUACACUGCCAGAAAAAGACACUGCUGUAUAUUUUAUGAUUGAGGCUUUAGCUUCAAGAUACAUCUCCUGACUGAUGCUGAUUUUUUAAACUCAGCUGUGAUCUGUAUUGAGUUUCAAAACAUCAGGUGGGAAGAAAUUUGGGGAUUAAGGGGUGCUGUUGGGCGCCUUAACAAAAUAAGGUAAAACUGUAAACCUUUUUCUCAUCACACUUAAAAACUAGCCCUUUAAAAAUGAUGUUAGUCUAAGGCUGCUACAAUGACAGACUGGCUGAGGAGUGGCGAGCCUUGAUCUUGUACAAAAGCCAUCACGUAACAAAAUAUGUCCUCUAAAGACAAAAGAGAGGGGAUCAAGAACAAGGCACCAAGGCACGUUUUUUUUUUUUAUCAAAAUGUCUUAAAUAAUCUGAUAUUCUUCUGUUUAUUAUAUGAAUAUUUUUGAAGAUAUUACAGAAUCCCUUUGGAUGUUAAAAUGAUUAAUGCCAGAUUGAAACAAGCAUUUUCGUUUUGUUUCGUUCGUGUCUUUACCCCUUAUUUUAGUGUGUCCUCAAUUUAAAUUGUAAAUUGCUUUGAAAUAGAGGGAGAGAAGCCUUGUGCUGUCUUUAAGAUAUUUAUUUUAUUGUCUCUACACUGAGACAUUUAAGUUUCAUUCCCAAAUGCAGUACUACCAUUUGAGAAAAAAACAACUACUGUAAUGUUUCUGGCAUUAAAUGAAAACUUACUUUUGGAAACUACUGAUUUUAUACACUACUCAUACUGUAGCCAUUUACCUACAAGAUGACAGUUUCACAGGAUACAACCAUCUGAUUUUUCAAAAUAAUGAGCUAUUUUUCAAGUGGAUGUAAAGCAUUUAAGGAUGAACACUUUUUAUUUGACUUAGUUAACUUGUUUGGUAGAUGGAAUGAAAUCGUGUGAUAAAAUGCAUGAGGAAAUCCUGACAAAUCCACUCCCACAUUUUUUUCAUUAACAACUUUUAACACUAUGCCUGUUUUACAGGUGAGAAAUAGAUCUUUAAAAAGCUGGGAUGAGAGUAGUGACAUGUCAAGGUAACACGCACUGAGUAGUAUCUAUGUGUAUAGAGAUUUUUACCUUUCUGGUUUAAUCCUGGUUUAAGUCCUCGAAUUUCUUUAAUAAGGGUUUCAAUGCCAAGUGUUUUUGUCAAAGCUGCAUUGGAGAGGAUGUUGGUUAAGAUGUUACAUCAAUAAAAUUAUAUUCACACAAAAAAUGAA